UAAUCCACGUAUUUCUGAUAUUCACCUGCGGUCUUUCUUCCCCAUGUCAACUACAGCAAAUAACUUUAUAAUAAAAUAUGUUGAGAAAACUACAAAUUGUAUUUGAAUGUUUUCAGCAUUUCUUGAGAGUCUUUAUGCCGGGAGGAGUUUUGUGAAGGAUGAGACGAGGAUAGUUUUAAUUGGGAAGACUGGAUCUGGAAAGAGUGCCACAGGAAACACACUGGCUGGAACUCAGGCGUUCGUGUCGAAACUCUGCGGUGCAUCUAUAACCAAACAGUGUCAACAGGAGAUGGUGAGAAGGUUCGAUCGACAUAUUCAGAUUGUGGACACUCCUGGAUUGUUUGACACAGGAAUGACAAACGAAAUGUCGUCUAGAGAAAUCAUGAAGUGUGUGGCGAUGACCUCUCCUGGACUUCACUCUAUUGUCCUGGUUACCAGACUCAACCGUUUUACAGAGGAAGAACAACAGACUGUCCAGUAUUUCAUGAAGGUCUUUGGGAAAGACGUUUUGAACUACCUCGUUGUUGUUUUCACGGGAAAAGAUGACCUGGACCAGCAUGGGAUGACCAUUGAGACCUUUAUCCAGGAUAGCCCUGGUCCUCUGAGGAAACUGAUUGCUGACUGUAAAGGUCGUUACUAUGCUCUCAACAACUUCAUGUCUGACAUUGAGAAGGAAGAAUGGGUGAAGCAUUUCCUCCAGGGGAUUGAUAGGCUGGUGUCCUCCAAUGGUGGACGAUGUUACACAACUGAAAUGUAUCGUAAAGCCGAAUCACUGAUGAAAGAACGAGAACAGGAACUGAAGAAGAAACUGGAGGAACAGCAGCAGGCAGAGCGGGAGAUGAUAGAACAGAGCAUCAUGGUCAAGUAUGAUGAGAUGACGCAAAUUCAGGAUGAGAAGAUGACUGAACUUAAGACACAGCUACAGGCGAUGGAACGGAAAGGCUUAGAUGACAAGACAAGGUACCAGGGAGCUGUGAAUGAGCUGCAGAAUAAACUUGCGAAUGCUGAUCGGGAGAGGAAGCAGAUAGAAGUUGACAGGAUAAAGUAUGAGGAUGAGAGGAGGAAAGAAAUGGAGAAAGGAGAGAAAGACAGGGAUGAGGCGAUGUUAAAAAUGAUGGAUAGAAUGGAAGAAGACAGACGAAGAAGGGAGGAGGAAUUGAAUGAGACCGUGGAGAGAAUUGAAGUCGAAAGAAGGGAGAGGGAUGCUGAAAUUAUGAGAUUGGAGAAGGAGAAUAGAAAACGUGAAGGGGAACAUAGAGAGGAGGUGAUGCAGCUUCAGAAGAAAAAACAGUCUGAGCUUGAAAAGAUGCAGGAUGAUAUGAGGGCCGAGAGGGAAUCACAAGCCCGUAGGCUGGAGGAGGUAGCCAGAGGCAUGGCAAGGGAUGAGGCAAAGGAUGAUGGGUCGGGCAUAUUUGCACAACUCGUGGGCGGCAUAAAGAAAGUUGCUAGCUUUUUGGGGUUCCUGUAAAGGUGUCUUAUGAAUUUACUUAAGAACGAGAAUGAAUGGUAAACUUGCAUAUUGUUGAAUGAUGUUGUAAGUAGGAUAAAGACAGCAUUUGCAGGUAAACACGCCUUUGGAAUAUCAAGUAUAAUGAGUGUUUAUGUUUAAAAUCAGAACCGCUCCAUUAUAUAUAGAGAUUUUACUGAUUUUACGAAACGGCAAAGAUGGCGUAGGGAUGACUCAAACAAUACAAUGGUGCGCGUGAAGUGAUAUUUGGACUAUAUUGCACAUACAAUUUUUAUUAACUCGGUUAUUUCUAACACAAUGGGUAAUAAUAACACUUAUGAUAAUCUAAAUAUUCUUCUAAUCACUAUUUUGG